CCAAAAAAAAAGCGAUAUUAUGAAACCAACCACGUUUGUGACGGGCCGUCUUUUUCCUCCAAACUUAUAGGCUCAUGUUAGUCGUUUUAAAUCAAUAGUUUAAUAGUUGGUUUGUCGUUUUUUUUAAGUCACUACGAACAUGUCACUGCUGUCUGUGGUCGAGCAAGCGAUCAAGUCGUGCAAAGCUGAACAAGCCCGGAUCAAAGACAGUAUUCAGCUCUACAGGGAAAUAUUACACACUGUAACACCACAACCAAACACGGACUGUGUGGAGUCAGACUCUGCUGAUGAUGCUACUGCUGCAGACACAGAUGUCUCACCAGGGGAGAAAGAAGAUAUAGAAUUGCUUGAGCAAGCCCUGGAGAAAGCCCUUUGGGUUCGGACUGGGACAGGACCUUCUAAAAAAGGCUCAAACAAACAAUGUGCACCUCGAAAGGAAACCAAAGAGGGAAUGCAGGCAUUUGCAGCUUCUAAAGGAAAUCAGACAACCACCAGAUCGACCUCUAAAUCUGCCAGUCUUGCCAGAAAAGAGCAGAAAAGGCCUGGUACGUCAGUAUCCUCCACACUGGGCUCAAAAGCUUCAGCUAGCCACAAUCCUGGACAUCACAAAACUUCGAUUCAUAGAAACAUGAUCCAGAACUGUCUUGUCUCUUCAGCUGGGAUUGUGCAUCACCAGCCAGCGAGGAAAUCCCAGCAGGCUGUCUCAGCGUCUGGCUGUGUUGAUCCGGGUCAGUUACACACCUCAGCCUUCCACUCCAAAAACAAGACUAAUAGAGGCAACGUGUUGAGUGGCAAUGACCUUGGCAGAGCUGCAGCUAUCUCCAUGCCUUCUUCAAAUAACACAGCGCCUGUUUCACAUACAGCAGAGUCUGGAGCUCCGUGUUUACCUCAACAGAACGGGACUGCUUCUGAUCAAACAGCACAGUGGAGAUCUCUGAGGAGGAAGCAAAACAGGUUGUGGGACAAAGUCGCUGCUUCACAAAGGAAACCUGUGCCUGGGAGGAGUCACUUUAUGGAGAGAAUUAGAGCUACGUUCCCCAAGGAUUGGCCGUGUGGUAGCCCAGACCAGACCAGGGCUCUGGUCGACAGACUGACUCACCAAGGGUAUGACCUCAUCCAGCACUGCCAGACACAGGAGCUUGUGGCCAAACAGACCCCAGAAACCGCUACAGAGCCGGGUGGUAAGACACUUGAAAGGUGGCAGAUGACGGCAGCAGAGCUCCAGAACUUUGCAGGCCAAGUGAAACAAGAGUGGGAAGCAUGGGAUCGAUGGAGGCCAGAGGGAGGUUGUCUUUGCCCCACUAGGGCAAAUAGUGUGUGGUCAAAUGGGAUGGUUGCACCCCUACCCCCGACUGUAACCUACACGACAGAGGCAGAGCUCAGAGAGCUGGAGAAGCUGAGGAUGAGGGUGGCACUGCUGCAGCAGAAGAUGCACCUAGAGCAGGCUCUGUUAGACACCUUGUCCCCUCAGCUUUCAUCUAUAGUACCUGGACCUGGAUGUCCCGACGUCAGCGUGCUGAGAGACGUGUACUCCCUGCUGGGUGAAGGAGGGCAGCGUUUUCCUGCCAUAGUCCUGGACUCUGAGCCUGAUUGACUACAGAGUAUAUUACACUGAUUUACCAGUUUAAAAACUACUCUGUGCACCUCCAACGCAUUUACACACCUAAGAGAAAUAAAUGAUCAGAAACACCUCUCAGCAAUCAGGCACAACACCGGUUGAAUCAUAUCGAUAAAACUAGAACAUUAUAAAUGUCACAAAAAAUGAUUCAUUGCAGGAACAUUUAUAUUGGAUUGGUGUAUCUAAUAAAGUGUUAACUUUAUUUUAAGUGUAUCCUUGAAUCAAGGUGAUUAUUGUGAAGAAUGUAUGUUUUUUUUUGUUUGUUUUCUGCUGCUGCUGUGUUUCUGUUCAGUAUCUGAUGCCUUGGCUGAAAAAAACAAAAGCCAGGAUUGUGAAUGUUUACAUCAUUUUUCUUGAAUGUUGUUUUUGACUGUGAUAUGCUGUAGUCGCAGUUGCUGACCCCAUGAAGAUUAUGUAUCUCCUAGGACAUCUUUUAUGAAAUGUUGCAGAUAAUCCAGUGUGUUUUUAUAUGAUUUAUUUAGCUUUAGAAGCAGAAAAAUGUUUUCAACCUUUCUGUUUAGCUAAAAUAUUCAAAAUCACCAUAUUUAGAGACACACGGUUUCACUGCCCAGCAAUGAUUUAUAAAACGUUGAUGUUUUCAAAUGUUUUUAAUAAAAUGUAUCCAUGUAUGCUUAUA